AUGGCCACAAUUGGACGAAUCGCAUACGAUGUAGCGAGCUUCACCUGCGCCUUGUUUGUCCUCGAAUUCGGCGCCGACAAGUUCAUCGAUCAUACCGCCAUUGUUGCCGAACGCACAGGCAUUCCAGAAUCAGUCAUCGGCUUACUCACUGCCGGCGCAGAAUGGGAGGAACUGGCCGUGGUCAUCGUGUGCAUCUUGCGCAACCGAUCUUCUCUCGCCAUUGGAAACAUCAUCGGCUCGGGCAUCUCAAACAUCCUCGGUGCCUUCUCCCUAGGUCUGUUGUUUCGAAGCGAUGGAGAAGUCAUGAUGUAUGAUGCCAGUGCUAGGGUGUAUACCCUGGGCAUGCUAUUGAUCACUAUUCUGGUUGUUGGUGUGCAAGCUUUUGACUCUUUCCUGGCAACGAGGAUCUUUGGAGGAAUCUUGAUUGUGAUCUUCGUCCUGUACAUUGGCUCUGUCGCUUAUCUGAUCUUCAAAGGCCGCUUGACUGCGCCUGAAUCAGACAGCGAUAGCGACAGCGAUGAUGAGAGCGUCGACAACGAAGCCGUGGGAAAUCAUGUCAACUCAAGAACCCCUCUUCUGGCAACGGGACAGACAAAUCCAAGCUCACGUCAAAGGCACAGCAUAGCAUACCACACAGCGGUCCUGCUCUUUGGCUCCCUGGCCAUUCUUCUGAGUAGCUUUGUUUUAUCCAAUGCCUCCUCGUCAAUCGCCGAAGAGAGUGGCAUGUCAGAAGUCCUCUUUGGAGUGGUCUUUCUGUCUAUUGCAACAACCCUGCCAGAAAAGUUCAUCGCCGUCAUGAGUGGCAGUCGCAACCGGACGGGUAUCUUGGUUGUAAAUACCGUUGGCAGCAACAUCUUCUUAUUGACCUUGUGUAUGGGAGUAUUAUGGGCUAGCACGGCAGGCGAUUAUGACGGAGGUACCGUCGACGUCAUUGAGCUGGGUGUCCUCUUGGGAUCUUCACUCUUCAUGACAUUAGUCGUUUGGUUUGGUGGUCAUUGGAGUCGUUACGCGGGCCUGGUGAUGCUCGUGGGAUACCUUGCUUUCUUGGUACUUGAGUUUACAACUAUUUACCAUGGACACAAGAGUUCCAAUCGUACCAUGAAUUGA